AUGGAGUUCAUCAUCAAAUUUGCCCAGGCGCACGAAACCUUCAGGGUAGCAGAGAUACAGGCUCUGGCGGAGGUUGAAGCUGUCAAUCUAGAAAUUGUACAUUAUGAGAACGACUCACCUUUGUGUAUAGUUCGACUGGAGUCCCCAGAACAUGCCGCACGGCUGGUACGCCGCUCCAUUCUCGCACAAUCAAUCCACCAGCUGUAUGGAUCAGGCGAUACUUUGGCACAACUGCAUGAUAAUCUACGAAAUCUAGACAGUUCAGUCUGGAAGCAGUAUGAACAAUCGUCAUUCAAAUUUGUCAUUGAUUCGUACCAGGGAUCUCGACCGAAUGCCAAACGCCUCGAACUUAUCAACUCUUUCAGCUACCUACCGCUCAAGGGCAAGAUUCAGAUGUCCAAACCGGAUGAGAUAUUCACAGUAUUUGACAUAUGGCCAUUUGAUAGCGUGCCGAUGGGAAUUGAAAAUCCAACAAAAAUAUUCCUCGGCAGAUAUAUUGCGAAUUCAUCUCGCGACGUGGUUCUCAAGUUUGACCUGAAGAAGAGACACUACAUAUCAACGACAAGUAUGGAUUCAGAGCUUGCCUUAAUAACGGCAAAUAUCGCACUCGCAGCCCCUGGAAAGAUCUUCUAUGAUCCGUUUGUUGGUACUGGGUCAUUCCCCGUGGCUUGCGCACACUUUGGGGCCAUGGCAUGGGGCAGUGAUAUCGACGGACGAAGUAUCAGAGGAGAAGGUGACGGCAAAUGUCUUGUGAGCAAUUUUGAACAAUAUUCACUCCUGGGGAGAUUAGGAGAUGCGUUUGCGGCCGACAUUACAAACAGCCCUAUCCAACCAGGCCGACGAAUUUGGGACGGAAUUGUGUGCGACCCCCCUUACGGUGUGCGAGAAGGCCUCCGGGUAUUAGGCGUUAGGGACCCUGAGAAAACACCAUGGGUUAUCGAAAAAGGCAUACAGCUUGCAUCCUCACCUGACUUCAUUCCCCCAAAGAAACCGUACAGCUUUUUUGCCAUUCUCGACGAUAUACUGGAAUUUGCGGCACAAACCCUGGUAGAUGGUGGACGACUAUCUUUCUGGAUGCCUACGGCAAACGAGGAAGAUCAGCAGAUACCACCGCCAACACAUCCCCGAUUAGAAACAAUAUCAAUUUGUAUCCAGUCGUUCAACAGAUGUAAGUACAUAAGCAAUUCAUAA